CUUCACUCGUGUCGUGAACACUUCAGACAUUUUUUUGGUGGUUCGCUGCACGCUCAUAAUCCAUUCUUUUAUUUUAUUUUUAUUAUUUAUCAAUUUGUAAGGAAUCACAAGAGGAAUGACAACAGAAAUUGAUAAGGAGGAGUUGAAAAAGCGGUUGACUCCAUUGCAGUGGCACGUUACUCAGGAAAAGGGGACUGAGAGGCCAUACACUGGGGCCUAUAACAAGUGCUAUGAGAAGGGCACAUACACCUGUGUAGUAUGUGACCAGGAAUUAUUUUCCUCUGAUACCAAAUACGAUAGCGGGUGUGGUUGGCCGGCAUUCAAUGAAGUUUUGGAUCAGGGCCGAAUCAAACUAACCAAAGAUGUCUCACAUGAUAUGGUGCGGACGGAGGUAACCUGUUCAAACUGCGGAGCACAUUUGGGUCAUGUAUUCAAUGAUGGGCCAAAGCCAACGAGGAAGAGAUUUUGUAUCAAUUCAGCAUCAAUAUGUUUCCACGAGGCUGGAGAAGUGAAAAAGUCAAGCACUUAAGCUGUGAAUUUUUUUUAUACCGAAAAAUAUUAUGUACGUAAUGUAAUUAUUACACUUGCAGAAUUUCGCACACUAAUAAUCUUCUACUGAAAUUAUUAAGCUGCUUACAAAUGUCUAAUAUUACAAUGAAGGUUUGAACGUUUGCCAUAAUAUCAUCGAAUACUAUAAAUUUAUUCAUACGAUAUGUUAACGUCACUCUGGUGUAGCGAUGCAUAUUCAGAAAGGCGAAGUUUUUCGACAUGCUCAGUUUUAUUAGAGAGCUGAAAAUACGAUAUUUUCCUACAAAUUAUGAGCCUUCUUCUUGCACCACUUACUGCGUCGGUAAGCCGGUCGCGUUUCUCAGUAACCAAAAAAAUUGGUGUGGCGUUUCUCAAUUUUUGUUCAGUCGGUAAAACAAGUGACAGCUAACAAUGGCGUUGUCACUCCGGAAACACUACAAACAUUUUUUCGGUUAUUGAGAAACGCGGCGAGCUUACUUGACACAGUGGUGCAAGUGGUGCAAGAAAAACGCUAUAAUAUCAUUUUAUCCGCUAAAUGGGGUAAAUAAUAGAGCAAAUAUAAAAUCUGGUUUGGCAGCUAAACAGAUAUAGGUAUCCCGACAAAUAGCGAGGGUCACCUGUCAAACCAAAUGUUUCAUAUUUGGUGAGGGCGUCGCUAAAAAUACCUACUUCUCUCAAUAUGCAGGUAUAGCCACUCUCUAGCCGCUUAAAAGUAGAGGAAUUGUUGUAUUUAACCCUUAGGUGGUCGCAGCUUUCCAUCAAACGUAGUUGGUCGUACGGUAAGAGAAUCCCCGCCCCAUGUAUUAUACGAUUUCGAGAAAAAAAAGCUGAACAAAAAAAUUUAUUCCACGUUCAGAGGUAAUUUUGAACUUUCAAUGAAUAGGAAAUGGCGGUAUGGAAGCGAAAUAGUUGUCAGAUAAUCCAAGAACUCAAUUUGAAAAAGCGCAAAAUUAUGAACUUUUGAGGUUAAACAUGGGGGAUUUUCAGCGAGUCAGAAGAUUUUAAUAAUUCAUUGAUGCAAGUCUGGACUGAAAAAAAGAUGUUGAUGUGUCCCAUAUAUAUGAAAGUAGGAGUACAAAUUUUCAUGGAUUUUUCAUUCACAAAGUUUUUGUGUGAAACGAAAAAAUAAAAAAACUGCGGGGAUUCCCUCAUUAUGCGAAUACUUAAGGGUUAAGAGUUGUGGACUGUAAGUUCUCGUGGCAAAUCAACUGAGGAUAUUGGUGAAACUGUAAUGAAGGAUAUUUAUUUUAUUUUUACAUCUGCCAUGUAACGCUAUGAUAUUAUGUAAAUAAUAGAUAUGGAAUAAAUGAUAAUGGACAAUAAUGGUCAUCGA